UGGCAACAAAAAGAAAAAGGAAUACAAAAAAGAAAGUAAAGAGAGGGAAGAAAGCACUCCAAAGCCACUUUAUCAUCACUGUGACACACACCACCAACCUAAGAAAGAAACACCAAUGUAAGUUGUUAUUGUUGUUCUUCCUCUUUCUCUUUUGUCCUCUCUUCCUUUGUGUUUUUCCCCCUCAUGUAUUCAUUGUAAUCUUCAACAAAAAAAAAAAAAUCCUCAAGUUCCUCUUUUGCAUCUUCAAACUCUUCCUAAAAAAUCUCACCUUUACCAUGCCCCUCCAACAUUUUAUGCAUUCACUCACUCUCCUUUACCUUAUUAUUCUAUUUUCAACCCUUUCUCACUCAAUUGAUAUUAACCCACAAGACAAAACAUCUCUUUUAUGGUUCAAAUCAUUGCUGCAUGACCCUAGCCAAAGUUUAUCCAACUGGGUUGGCUCCAAUUGUACUUCAUGGAAUGGAAUCACUUGUGACAAUACUACUGGUAGAGUGAUUUCCAUCAACCUAACUUCUAUGAACUUGUCAGGACAAAUCCACCCUAACUUUUGUAACCUUUUGUAUCUCAACAAGGUGGUUUUGUCUCAGAACAGUUUCACAUGCACUCUACCUGUUUGUUUUGGGAACUUACUUAACCUUAGAGUUAUUGAUCUUAGUCACAACAGGUUUCAUGGUGGAAUACCAGAUUCUUUCAUGAGGCUUAAUCAUCUCACUGAGCUUGUUUUGAAUGAGAAUCCAUUUUUGGGAGGUUCACUUCCUUUUUGGAUAGGUAACUUCUCUGCAAAUCUUGAAAGAAUCCAUCUUGGUUUGUGUUCAUUUAGUGGUGGUAUACCUGAAAGCUUGCUUUACUCGAAGUCUCUUAAGUAUUUGAACCUUGAAAACAAUCUCUUGAAUGGAAAUCUUGAUGAUUUUCAUCAGAAUUUGGUUUUUCUCAACCUUGCUUCUAAUCAGUUUACAGGUACUUUGCCUUGCUUUGCAGCUUCUGUUCAGUCUUUAACUGUGUUGAAUUUGUCCAACAAUUCUAUUGUUGGGGGAUUACCUGCUUGUAUUGCUUCUUUUCAAAGUUUGACUCAUUUGAACCUUUCAAGGAACCAGUUGAAGUAUAGAAUAUAUCCUAGGCUUGUUUUCUCAGAGAAACUUGUUGUUUUGGACUUGAGUAAUAAUGAUUUAUCUGGUCCAAUUCCAAAUAAAAUUGCAGAGACCACUGAGAAACUUGGCCUUGUUUUUCUUGACCUUUCUUAUAAUCAAUUCUCUGGUGAAAUUCCAUUGAAAAUUACCGAGUUGAAAAGCUUGCAGGCCUUGUUCCUUUCACACAAUCUUCUUUCAGGAGAAAUUCCUGCUAGAAUUGGAAAUUUGACAUAUCUUCAAGUCAUUGAUCUCUCACACAACUCUUUGUCCGGUACCAUUCCAUUCAGCAUUGUUGGGUGCUUUCAGUUGUAUGCUCUAAUACUUAAUAACAACAACCUUUCGGGUGUAAUUCAACCGGAGUUUGACGCGUUGGAUAUCUUGAGGAUACUAGAUAUAAGCAACAAUAGGUUUUCUGGGGCUAUUCCACUCACUUUGGCUGGAUGUAAAUCUUUGGAGAUUGUAGAUUUUAGUUCCAAUGACCUUUCUGGAUCUUUAAAUGAUGCAAUAACCAAAUGGAUAAACCUCAGGUAUCUUUCUCUUGCUCGAAACAAAUUCGAUGGAACCUUGCCUAGUUGGUUGUUCACAUUUCAAGCUAUAGAAACAUUGGAUUUGUCGCACAACAAGUUUUCUGGAUUUAUACCUGAUAUUAAUUUGAAGGGUAGCUUAGUAUUUAACACAAGGAAUGUUACUGUUAAAGAGCUUUUGGUUGAAGAAAGAAAGGUUGAACCAAGAGUUUCAGUAGUUGUUUCUGAUAACAAUCAACUUAGUUUUACGUAUGAUCUUUCGUCGAUGUUCGGAAUCGAUCUAUCCAAUAACUUGCUGCAUGGGGAGAUUCCAAGGGGUUUAUUUGGCCUAGCUGGCCUACAAUAUCUGAAUUUGUCAUACAAUUUUCUCAAUGGACAGCUUCCUGGUUUGCAGAAAAUGCAAAGUUUGAAAGCCAUAGACCUGUCGCAUAAUUCCCUGUCGGGACAUAUCCCGGGAAACAUUUCGACGCUUCAAGAUCUAACCAUCUUGAAUCUGUCUUAUAAUUGUUUCUCGGGGUAUGUUCCUCAGAAGCAAGGGUAUGGAAGAUUUCCUGGUGCAUUUGCUGGAAAUCCGGAUUUAUGCUUGGAAUCUUUGAGUGGAACAUGUGAUGAUGGAAGGAUUCCAUCAAAGCAAGGCAGUUAUUUUGGGGAAGAUAAGAUGGAUGGACCAAUAUCUGUGGGGAUUUUCUUUAUAAGUGCCUUUGUUAGUUUUGAUUUUGGCGUUGUUGUUCUAUUUUGUUCUUCCCGGGCAAGAAAGUACAUUCUCCGGACAAAAGCUUGAUUUAAUGCAUUUCAUUAGGACAAUCUUUCUCCUGUAAAUUCCACUUUGUAAUUUGGUAGCUGCCUUCUUGUUUCAACUUUCAAGUGAACACAGACAUCCUGUGUCUCAUAAAUGACACAACCAAAUGUCAUGAUACCAGUUUAAACAUUUGUGACUUCGAAUAGAGUGUAACUGUAAAGACUAAUCCUGCAUCGCUCGGUUGGGAAAGAAUGGAUGGUUAUGGUGAAAAUUUUAUCCGAGAAAAGACAAGUCCUACGUCUUUCAGUUGGUUGUUCUUCUUUGGUAGAACUUGGUCGCUCAACUUUACAAUGCACAUUAUCACAUUCAUUCACAUACCAUGUUAUUUAUAAUCAGUGGAGACUUAGCAGGAAACAUGCCUUUGUAUCUAGUGUAGUUAUUGUGAAAUUUUGAUCUUGGUCAUCAAUUUGCAGAUUUAUUAGCAUGUUCAUGUUUAUAGAACAUGUAUGAUUCUAUCUUGGUUGUGGGGAACCAAAGUUUCCCUUUAGUUUAGUUUUGCAUUUGACAGCAAAUUGAUCAAGUUUAGGGAACAGUUGUAAGUGCAGACAAGAUAAAUGUGGUAGUCUGGUAUGUACUGACAAAUAUAGUUUUAUUUUUACUAUGAUUUGAAAUGAUAUUCUCACAAUACUUUCUUCCCUUACGAAGAAGAACCAGUGAA